UAUCUCAAUCACUCUGUCCCUUCCUGUUUUUUCCCUUUCACUUUGGAUAGAUGGUAAUAUAGUUAUUAAUAGUUGUUUUGGGAUGGUGAUUAUCUUUUCUUUUUAUAGAAUCAACUUCCAAUUAAGUCCCGCUAUUUAUUGAGUUUGCUUAUUCGUUCCUCUUCAUUUCCGCACUGAGUCGUUCCCUCCACACGACUGACACAAACCAAUCUUCUUCUCUUCUCCCUUUUUUUUAGGGUCGCUUUUCUCCAGCACUCGAAACUGUCCGAGUGAUUGAGUGAGUGAUGUCUUUCAUGACGUCCACCACCGCGGCCGCUGGGCCGCCGUCCGACGAGAGAUUCAACGCCUACGCUGCCGCCUGCGCCAUCGUCGCUUCCAUGAUUUCCAUCAUCUUCGGAUACGAUACUGGAGUGAUGAGUGGAGCUAUGAUCUUCAUAAAAGAAGACCUCCUAAUCAACGACACGCAGGUCCAGGUCCUCGCCGGGAUCCUCAACAUCUGCGCCCUCGUCGGCUCCCUGAUGGCGGGAAGAAUCUCCGAUUACAUCGGCCGGCGGUACACCAUCGUCCUCGCCUCCGUCAUCUUCCUCCUCGGAUCCAUCCUCAUGGGCUGGUCCCCGGACUACGCCGUCCUCAUCACUGGCCGCUGCGUCGCCGGCAUCGGCGUCGGAUUCGCCCUCUUGAUCGCCCCCGUCUACUCCGCGGAGGUCUCCUCCGCCAAAUCCCGCGGCUUCCUCACCUCCCUCCCCGAAUGGGGGAUCGCGAUCGGAAUCCUCCUCGGAUACAUCUCCAACGUCGCCUGCGCCAAGCUCCCGCUCCGGCUCGGCUGGCGGCUGAUGCUCGGGGUCGCGGCGGCGCCUUCCCUCAUCCUCGCGAUCGGGAUCCUCAAAAUGCCGGAAUCCCCGCGGUGGCUGAUCUCGCAGGGGAAAUUGGGGGAAGCGAGGAAGAUCCUCCUCAAAGUGUCGAAUUCCCUCGAGGAAGCCGAGAAGCGGUUCCUGGACAUCAAGAUCGCGGCCGGGAUCGACGAGAAUUGCAAGGACGAGGUCGUGGAGGUGUCGAAGAAGGAAUCGGGAGGGAAAGGGGUGUGGAAGGAGCUCCUCCUGCGCCCCACCCCGGCCGUACGGAGGAUUCUCGUGUGCGCUGUGGGGAUACAUUUCUUCGAACACGCGGUGGGCAUCGAGGCCGUGGUCCUCUACAGCCCGAGGAUCUUCAAAUCGGCCGGCGUCACGGACAAGCACAAGCUCCUAUUGGCCACCGUGGGUGUCGGGCUGACGAAAUUCGCAUUCAUCGUGCUGUCGACCUUCCUGAUGGAUCGGGUCGGGCGGCGGAGGCUGCUGCUGACGAGCUUCACCGGGAUCAUCGGCGCGUUGACCCUGCUGGGGGCGUGUUUGACGAUCGUGGAGAGGCACCACGGGGAGAAGAUCCUGUGGGCCUUGGGGCUGAGCAUCGCCUCCACUUACGCUUUCGUGGCGUUCUUCAACAUUGGGGUCGCGCCCGUGACGUGGGUUUACAGCUCCGAGAUCCUGCCCCUGAGGCUGAGGGCGCAGGGGUACAGUUUGGGCGUGGCGGUGAACAGGCUGAUGAACGCGCUGAUCUCGAUGACGUUCAUUUCGCUGUACAAGGCGAUUACGAUCGGCGGGGCGUUCUUCCUGUUCGCCGGUGUGUCGCUGGUCGGUUGGGUUUUCGUGUAUGCUCUGUUUCCGGAGACGAAAGGGAGGUCGUUGGAGGAGAUGGAGGAGCUCUUUGGGGGAGAGGCUCGUAAAAGCCAGGGCGAAGCCCAUGUUUAGGAGUUUCUAUAAUUAGUUUAAUUACCAUCUUAAUUACACCUUCCGUUUUCUUUCUGUGGUGGUAUUGCGUAUUGUUUGAGGAGAUGGAUUAUUCUCAACAACAAUGUAAGUUGUAUAGGUUUGUAUUUGAGUUGAAAGGACGAAGUUAAUGCUUUUUACAGCUUUGUUAAUUUGGAUAGAUAGACACAAACACUCAGGAAAUUUGAUUUCCGUUUUUCAAUUUCAUAUUUUAUGUUUAGAAUGAAUGAUAAAAGGGAUC